GAACAUAUGUCGAAUCGUCGCGAAUGAUUUAUAUCAUAUAGAAAAUUCGAUACAGUAGAGAAUAUUAAGAUAGGUGAUGGAAAAUAUAUUCAAGCAAUUGGAUUAGGAAAUAUUGAUAUUUUUGCUUUUAAUGAAAAGAAAUGGUGCAGCUCUUGAUAAGGGGUUACAACAAUAUUCUGAUGACAAAAUAUGUAAAUUCAUGAAGAAUGGAAAUAUCAUUGCAGUGGAAGAAAGAAAAGAUAAAUUGUUCAUAAUGAAAUUUAAAGUCAUUGCAGAUGAGCAUCAAACAAAUACGGCAGUAUGCAAUUCUCUUUUCUUCUGGCACAAACAAAUGACUCAUCAGAAUGUGGAUCAUGUGAAGAAAAUUUUAAAAUCUGAGAACAUCAUUUUCAAAGAUCAGGAAUUUUGUUAUGAAAAUUGCAUUCUAGGAAAAAUACAUAGAUUAUCGUUCCCGAAAAGCAAUACAAAAUCUGAACGAAGAACUCAUCCAUGCAGAUCUCUCAAAUCUAAUGCAAGAAAAUUUACUUGGAGGUCAGAUAACGGUUUUGAAUUUGCCAAUAGGGAAAUUGAAGAAUUAAUCGACAUGGUAUUACGCAUCAGAAAACGGUACCAUUUAUACAAUAGAAUAGAAUGGUUCCGCCGAACGAGAAAACAGAACCGUAGUUGA